AUGGAAAGGCUGCUGCUGGUCCAGCUGCUAAUGGUGGGGAGCACGCUAGCUCAGGUCGAGGCCUGCCCCUUCCACUGCGUGUGCCAAAACCUCUCCGAGUCACUCAGCACGCUCUGCGCCAACAAGGGUUUGCUCUUCAUCCCGCCCAAUAUCGACCGGCGGACGGUGGAGCUGCGUCUGGCUGACAACUUCAUCCGGGUGGUGGAGCCGCCGGACUUUCUGAACAUGUCGGGCCUGGUGGACCUGACCCUGUCUCGGAACACUAUCGACACCAUCCGCCCCUUUGCCUUCGGGGACCUGGAAAGUCUCCGCUCGCUCCACCUGGACGGCAACCGGUUGACCGAGAUCGGCGAAGAGGCCUUGCGGGGAAUGUUGAACCUUCAGCACCUCAUCCUGAACAACAACCAGCUGGUGGACAUCUCGGUGGUCGCCUUCGAUGACUUCUUGUUGACCCUCGAGGACCUGGAUUUGUCCUACAACAACCUGCAGACUGUCCCCUGGGAAGGGAUACAGGGGAUGGUCUUCCUUCACACGCUCAACUUGGAUCACAACCUUAUCAACUUUGUCAUGGAAGGCACUUUUGCCGAGCUGUACAAACUCUCCCGGUUGGAUAUGACCUCCAAUCGUCUUUACACACUGCCCCCUGACCCGCUCUUUGCCCGCUCUCAAGUCGGGGUCAUCAGUCCAACUCCUUAUACCUCCACCAUUGUGCUAAGCUUUGGUGGGAAUCCCUUGCACUGCAAUUGUGAGCUGCUGUGGUUGCGGCGCUUGGCUCGGGAGGACGACAUGGAGACCUGUGCCUCCCCUCCGCAGGUUGCGGGCCGGUAUUUCUGGUCUGUGCCCGAGGAAGAGUUCACCUGCGAGCCGCCGCUCAUCACCCGCCACACCCACAAGCUCUGGAUCUUGGAAGGCCAAAGAGCCACUCUGAGGUGUCGGGCCAUCGGCGACCCAGAGCCGGUCAUCCAUUGGGUCUCCCCCGAUGACAAGAUCAUCUCCAACUCCUCCAGGACGGUGUCGUUCCGCAACGGCACGCUGGACAUCCUGGUGACUACUAUCCGGGACGACGGAGCCUACACUUGCAUUGCCAUCAAUGCAGCUGGGGAGUCCACAGCUGUUGUGGACCUCAAAAUCAUCCCUUUACCCCAUCGGGGGAACGGCAGCAUCACUGUGCUGCAACAGGACCCCGGGUCCUCCGACAUCGCCACCUCGGCCAAGACCUCGGCCAAUGCCACCGAGGGGGGUUCCGAGAGGAGAGUGGACGUAUCUGACGUGACGGCCACCUCGGCAUUGGUGCGCUGGGCGGCUGACAAGUCAGCCUAUGCGGCAUGGAUGUAUCAGAUCCAAUACAACAGCACUGUGGACGAGGCACUCAUUUACAGGAUUAUCCCUGCCAGCGGCCGCCAUUUUGUCCUGAAGCACCUCGUGCCCAGUGUGGAUUACGACCUGUGCGUCUUGGCCAUCUUCGAUGACAUGGCCACAUCCCUGGCAGCCACACACUUGCUGGGCUGUGCCCAGUUCACCACAGGGGAGGCCUACCCAGACUGCCACGCCCUCCACGCCCACUUCCUGGGCGGGACCCUGACGGUGAUUGUGGGAGGCAUCAUUGUGGUCACCUUGCUGGUUUUCACGGUGGUCAUGAUGGUGAAGUACAAGGUCUGCAGCAGUGCCCACGGGAGCCUGCCCAAGGUCACCAAUGUCUACUCGCAGACCAACGGCGGGCACCCCAACGGCCUGCUCCCCCAGCGGACGCCCCCCAAGGAACGGGGCCCAAAGCACCGGCGCGUGCGAGUCAAGGCUGCUCGGUCUGAAGGACCGGAGCACAGGACGGGGGACGGUACAGGGGGAGCGGCCUGGAGGUCACCCGUCCCCACCAAGACCAAGCGCAGCAGCUCCCUGGACAUGGGCGACAUCUCGGCCAACGCCUGCUACAGCUACGCCAAGCGCCUCAGCUUCAUGUGGAACAAGCGCAGCCAGUCUGUGCACGGGAUGCUCGUGCAGUGUGCGGCGGCCCCCGAGGGUGACGCCAAAAGACUCGGGCCCUACUUAAAUGCAGACGAACUUGAAGAGAGUGUGGUAUAG